ACAAUGGGAUGAGUUUUUUGUUUGUUUGAGGAUGUUAUGAAACUUGACUGUUCAAUAAUAAUUUUAACACGGUUGUUUUUAAUGCACGUGUUUAAAUCAGGAAACUAAUAAAGUUUGUUAAUUAUUAUAAAUAAUUAAUAUUAUAUGUGUCGUAUUAUUUAAAAAUAUUUAAAUUUCCCAACUUUCACCGACGAUUGUUUUCCCAUUUUUACAUAAUUUCGUCGUCCCAGUACUUUACCUUCAUUUACUGACUAAUGUGCAAAAACCACCAUUAUCAUUUGUGGAAAGUGUUAAGUUAAGUGGAAAUAUUUGAUAAUGACAUUGAGACAAAUGAUUUAUAAAUAACCCUUAAUCACAACCUUUGACAGUCAGUCGAAAUUAAUCCCUUCGGCCAACCACACACAACAAUGAGGACAACUCUGGUCUGCCUGGCGUUGGUCGCCCUGUUGUCGUUGGUGACAUGCCAAGAACAACAACAACAACAAGUAGUACCUCUGCAAAAACCCGACGUCGGAUCAAUAAUAGCUGAAACAGCUGUCAACCAGUUUACCUCCAAACUCAACACGUUCAUCGAAGUCUUCAACGUGAAGCUGCGCUUCAUCAACCUCCUGGCCUCGCUGUGGACCCCCGAAAACCUGCAGCUGUUGCGUUCGUCCCUCGGCCUGGUGGCCCGGUUCUCCAACUACGUGAUGGACUUCAUACCACGCGACGGCUUCCAAGGCGCCAACGUCUACGACAAGGUGGCCAACCUGAUCCUGACCAGGACCGGACUCUUCCCGUACACCACCGAAAGGGCUUUACCCGACGAAGUGUUCGCCGAGUCCAAUGUCGAGGAGGUGGUUGCCCCUUUCGAAGAAGCCAGACUGCCCGAGGAGCCGGCCAAGGCUGUGUCGCAGGCUGUUCUGGCCAACCUGGCGUCCGCUGACGAUAUGGAGUUGACCAACAAGAUUCUGGAGAACUACAGGCAAGCCCAGGAGUUCGAGCAUUUGGCUCGUACAUAAAUCAUAGACCAGUAUUAACAACAAAGUUUUGACCUUUGUUAUCGUAAUUAUUUAUUCUUAUAUGACGUUGUGAAUAGUUCAUUUCAUUUGCGUCUGUUUAUUAUUAAAUUAAUUUUAAGUAUUUAUUUGAUGCAAUAAAUAUUA